CUCUUACUUUCACUUUGUAAAUCAAUAUCCCGGAAGCAGGGUAAGGUUAGUGUAUGUAACUUUGGGUGUUGAGGCACGGUAUGUGUUGUUUUAGCUUACAUUGCUCUUCUGAUCACUUUUAAUGAAGGCAUCUCGACAGGGUUAAGAAGGGAACUCAUCUAAGCCCAAAGACAGUAUGGCCACAGCAAACCUGGAUCUUAUGAAAUCUACAGACCUGAUAAAGAAAGAGCUGCUGGAUUAUGGAGGUUUUGGUGAAGUUUACCUUUGUUAUCACAAGACACUUGGCCAUGUGGUGCUGAAAAAGGUCUACACUGGACCUCACCGCAGUGGCCGACUGAAGCAGUCUCUUCUGGAUGAGGGCAGCCUGAUGAGCAGGUUAAACCAUCAUCGAGUGGUCAAGCUGUUGGGCGUUAUUCUGGAAGACUAUGACUACUCUUUAGUGAUGGAGCUGAUUCCAAAAGGCAAUCUGCUCAACAUGCUUGAAACUGUGGCUGUUCCAUUAUCUGUGAAAGGAAGGAUCAUUGUGGAAAUCUUGGAGGGAAUGGUUUAUCUCACGGAGAACCAAGUUAUUCACAAAGACCUGAAACCAGAGAACAUCUUGGUGGACAAGCAUUUCCAUAUAAAAAUAGCAGACCUCGGCCUGGCAACGUCUGAAGCAUGGAGCAAACUGACAAAGGAAGAAUCUCGGCGACAGAGUCGUUCGGGCAAGAAGUCGUCUGUGCGUGCUGCUGGCACUUUGUGUUACAUGGCCCCAGAACAUUUAGAAAGCAUUCACACUCGCUCCACUGAAAAAUCUGAUGUCUAUAGUUUUGCCAUUGUAGUCUGGGUCAUCCUCACAGGUCAAGAGCCAUUUGAACAUGCCAGAAGUGAAGACCAUAUCUGCCACUGCGUGUGUCAGGGGGAACGGCCGAGUGAAGAACUAAUCCCAAGUGACACGCCUCCAGAAAUGAUUGACCUCAUGAAAGCAUGCUGGCAUAAGGACCCUCAGUACCGCCCCACAUUUAAAGAGACCUAUGAUAAAUUCCUACCAUUUUACCGUGAGAAGCUGGAAGCGAGUGUAGAAGAAGAUUUGCUUCGUUUGAUGAGUUCAUAUGAGGGUCCAGAAGAUCUUGUAGAGAAAUUAAAAUCCCUCAAAACUUCAGAACCAAACACACCUGAAGCAGACCCUUUGACGCACUCAAGAGACUCCCCAGCAUCCUUGAGGAGUUCAGAUGUUGGUCCAGUGGAGGCCAGCAUUGAAGACCUCAGCUUCAUGGCAUCUGGAGAGUCCCAACUAGAGAUCGAUGCAGCACCUCUAAGCUCUCCCAACGUAGAGCUAAAGCUGAAACAAGAAUACAACUACCACAAAUAUGGCAGCCGUAUAGAUGAAUUGGAAUCGACGCCACAAAGCAAUCCACUCCCACAGCAGCCAGCCAGUAGCAGAUGGUCUGGAGAGGUUUAUCCUCAGGCAUCUUCUGUAAAGUCUUGGACUCAGCUCGCCCCGUAUCCAUACCAAGAGGAAGAAGGUCAUUUGAGGUCUGCAGCUGCUGCAAGUUCAGUUAAUGGUCUUCAAAGGCCAGACUAUGCAGAGCAGACGUCAGGGCUGUAUUCUGAAUACGGCAAGCAUUUACCGUAUGAUCGUAUGAAGUCCUGCCCUGAACCUGGAUACCCUGCAGAAGACCAGUUCAUGUUCAAUUCAAAUCCUGCAAUGCAUUCUAGCUUGCCUGUCAUAUGUCCUCCAUCAGACUCGGGAACAGGUACAGUGGUUAUCUCAAAUGCUCAUGCGAUUCAGAUUGGAAGUAACAACACAAUGAAUUUGCGAGCCUCUGAAAAUGGCUCUCACAGCCUUUUAUCCGCUGCAUCCGUCAACAGAGCCAGAUAUAAGGAGCUCCUACUCAAAUAUGAGGACCACGCAGUUACCGAUUCUCAUCUGGAGAUUGUUCGUCAAAACAUUGGGAGCAGCUGGAAGCGGAUUGCUCGUAAGCUGGGUCUGACUGAUAUCGACGUGGAGACCAUCGAUCAUGACUAUGACCGUGAUGGGCUGGCAGAAAAGGUGCAUCAGAUGUUGGAGUGCUGGAAGAUGAGGGCGGGACUUCUGGGCUUUACUUUGGGCAAACUGUGUCGCGCGUUGGAAGGCUUCACCAAAUCUGAUGUCUUAAUGCAGCUAUUGGAUGUUUCAUAAUACAUAAUGGUGCCCUGUCUUCAAUGUACAUUUGUCCCUGCAGGGUAUAGCCAAAUGGCCAAAAAAGGGGCUGGCCUGUCUCUUGACUCUUAUACAGUUUACCAAUCCAUCAUGAAAUCUUCUGGAUUAACAGAAUAACACCAAAUAUCCUUCACUGUUAUACAAAAUGUGCAUUGUAUUUUGUGGGAUUUUGGAUGUUAUAGAUUGUAGAUUAUUCUUUUUAAUGCUGUUUUUGUAAAACUGCCACUUAUGUAGUUUAUAUUCAUAAAAUAUUCUUACAAAACAGAUACAAGCCAUUUCCUAAGCGAGGAACCAAUUUUGAAUUUUGCAGUGAAAACUGUAGAAAAACUGUAGUUUUCUUGUUACUUUUCUAUUUAAUUAUUAGGUUAUUACUUUAAAAUAGUUCAAAUAUGAAAACUAUAAAAAAAAAUAUUUUAUAUAUAUUUUCAUUGCAUAGGUAACAUUGUAUAGCACAUAUGGGACGGUUUCCCGGACAGGGCUUUAACCUUUUCCCAGACUAAAACUAUAAGAAAUAUGGUCAAACGGCAGUCGUGGGUUUUUGCACAUGCUGUAAAUUCACACGUGAAUUUGACCAACCUUUUUCCGUUUAUUUUUGAUGCACUGUGACCGAAUCAAAAAGGUUAAAAAAUUAUUUCAAUUAUCAAUGUCGAUUAAACGAGUUAUAAUAGACAUUGAAAAUCUGUCUGUGACAGCAAAAUCCAUCCAAAUGUCUGAGCUUGCUUUAGUCUUUUAGAAGAUAGUUUUAAGCAGUUCACCUUUUGCAUGCUGGACAGGUUUGCAUUAAAAACUGAGCAAUCAGAGAAUUGUCAUUCAAUCUGGACAUGGUUUUGGUCCAAUGACUUCUGGGUAAUGGGACCAGCACCCUUUACACCACCUGCUCCAGAACACAACAGUGUUCGUGGCCGAGACCCGGGUCUCUUUAAAGCAACACUUUGAAGCUCUCCGUGUAAGAUUGGCUUAUGGAUGCCCCAUGUGGUUGAAUAGUGCAACAGUGCCUGGACACUCUUCUGCAGGCAGGGAAGGGGAGGUGCUGUGUGCUCCACCACACAACUAAUCAAAUAUAGCUGCUUUUCCAGACAUGUUUUUCUACCAGUGAUUAAAGCCUAUCCAAAAAUCAA